AGCCGAUGUCACUGCUAUGCAGCCCCAGGCGGGGGCUAACUGACAGCAGCGCAAAGCCGGGAUCUCCUCCCAGCAGUGCUGGGGGCAGCACAGCGGGGGAGAAGGGCCACUUGCGGAGCCCGGCUGGGGUCACGUAGAGCGGGUGGGGAGAGACACCGGAGGGGUCCCCCCCUGCUCGGCUCUGGUCUCUCCCUUGCUCUUGGCGAGCCGUAUUCAGGGCCUGUCAGCAGAGCCCGGCCGCCCCCCGCCGCCCCAAUGCCGCUUCGGCAGCACCUGUCCCCCCAACGCGCCUGGGGACCCCCGGGGAAAUCGGUGCCCCCCUCCCCUCCCGCGAACCCACGUGCGAAGCUCGGGAGCCCCGCCCUGGGGCUCCACCCAGCCCGGCCGCCUGGUGUUUCCUUGCAGGGGCGGGGAGCAGCCGCCGACUUCCCCAGCCCGCCGCUUGAGCGGAGAGGUGGCGGGCCCCGGAAAGCCAGACGCGGACGGGUCACGGAGCGGCGCCGCCCUGGCAGUGACCCGGCGGGGAGGGGCGCACGGACCCCAGAGCCCGGCCGGACGCGCAGGGCUGGAAACUGCCUAUUCAACAAUAAGGAUCCAAACGCACUCCGGCUCCUGCUGUUGCAACACAAGAGAACCCGAAGUAUCCAGUCUGGCGCUGGCCCUUAUGGAGCAGCUGUCCCCUUGCCAUGCUACAGCCAAUAUCCUUAGCAACACCCUUGGUGAUUCGUGAUGGAAGGGUGUGAUAUCUGUUGGUGGGCAGGAUAGCUUUUAAGUCAAGAUUCAUGUGGACACUUCUCACCUGACUGUUACCCCGAUAUGGCUGGCUGGGUCAGGCGGCUCCUGCAGAAACCCAAGCGAAGCUCCAGCUCCGCAGGAAGCAGCUUGAACACCAAACAGUCCCCCUCCUCCUCUUCCUCCUCCUUGGUGACAACCGCCAGCUCUUCCACCAGCAGUGCGGUGGCCAGCCUAGGACAACUGUCUCCUGCCUCCCAGGUGAGCAUCAGCAGCGCAGGGAGUGCCCGCUGGGCCAAGAGCUAUGACGUGUGCAUCUGCCACAGCAACGAGGACUUGGAGUUUGUCGAGGAGAUGGUCUCCUAUCUGGAGAGCCAGACUGAGGGCAUCCGCUGCUUCCUGCAGUUGCGGGAUGCCAUGCCGGGGAGUGCUAUCACGACAGAACUGUGCGAUGCUGUCCAGAACAGCCACUGCUGGGUCCUGCUAAUAACCCCUAGCUUCCUCGAGGAUCCCUGGUGCAGGUACCAGAUGCAUCAGGCAUUGGCAGAGGCGCCUAUGGCCAACGGGCGAGCCAUCCCCGUGCUGAAGGGCAUUGAUCGGAAAGACUACCCCCGGGAGCUGAGGUGCCUCUAUUAUAUCGAUGUGACGCACAAGGAGAAUGGCUUCAGGCCGAUUAAGGACACGAUCCUGCGCUACCUGCAGGAGCACUGUCGAAGCACCGUGAGCAGAAUAGAGUGACUGGAGUCCUGCAGGGGAAGGAAGCACCCUGAGAAAGCAGAUCCCGGCCGAAGGGAAAUGGAACGAGAAUCCACACUGCUGUUUCCAAAGUCUCUGGAGCUGCCUCAUUUGAUCUCAGUGGAGAGCAGAUUCCAGGUGGUCUACAGCCAAGUUCUCCGAUGCACAAAGCACCUGUAGAAUUACAAAUGGGAACCGACUCUCACGAGGGCUUCUGGACGGAAGCAUUUCUCUCAUGUCAGGCUGCUCCCCACCAUGAACGCUAAUACCAGGCACUGCUGAGAGGACAAGCAAAAUGUCUAACACCAAUGGAGAGUGAGGCUUACGUGUGGCUUCUGGUGCUAAAGACUUGGAAGAAGCAUGAGGUUUGUUCCAUGUUGUACUGUACAGUGCAGGGGACUUGGCUAGAAUCUGGAGCUUGAGCGUUGGUGACUCCAAGUAAUUGAGGGUAAACACAGGUAAAUGGAGUUUACCCACUUCUCAUUUGGGGAGUAGGGAGUCUAAUUUAGGUUUCUUACUUUCAGGAAACUGAUAGGCAGCUAAAUUUCUAAUGACCUUCCAAAAGCCAGUUUGGAGCUGUUACAAUACUCACUCUUGCCUAUGUUAAAUUCCUCCAAGCCCCAAGGAGCAUAGGCACCGACUCCAUUAUAUAUACUCCACAGCUGUUUGGGUGGCAGCCACCGAUCAGUUGGGUGAGGCGCUUGGGGAAGGGCGGAGAGCAGCAGGCAGGUGGGGCCUCAGGGAGGGGCAGAGCAGGGCAGGCAGAGGCGGAGCGAGGGCAGGGCCUUGGGGAGGGGCAGGGCCUUGGGGCAGGACAGUGGAGCACCCCCUGGGGGAAAAAGAAAACUCAGAGCCUAUGUCAAGGAGUAUAAACUGACAUGAAGUUUCCCCUUUUGGAGCUUUGACACUCAUAUGAAGAGGAGCUACACAUAGGCUGGUCUUUGGUAUUUUGAGUGUAACGUCAGUUUUAGUUUUGAUUUUUACAAUUGUAAUUUAAAUGUGUGUACAAAUAAAUGCAGAAAAGUGUUAUUUUUAUCAAA